AUGAGCACAAGUCCAGCAGUUGUUUCAGUUCUCAGGUUCAUAUUGCUUCUGGUGUUUGUUGGAUGGCUCAUCAUUUGGAUUGUGUUGCCUACCAAAACUUUCAGAGAUUCCUGGAGACCCAACUUACAAGACCACCUCACCUCCACAUAUUUUGGAGAUCAAGGGGUGAAUCUGGUGCUUUUCUCGUUCCCGGUGAUUUUCAUAGCAGCCUUGAGUUGUGUUCAUCUCCAUCUAAUCCAGACGAGGAAAUCAAACAAGGUUUCAUACUCGACAUACUACUCCACAAGCUUUGCUAGCUUCUGGAGACGACCGGCGAGUGUGAAAGCUCCACUGGGAAUUGUGACUGCAAUGGAGCUCGGUUUCGCAGUCAUGUUUGUUGCACUCUUGGUGUGGUCUCUUACCAAUUACAUACACGUCGGCUUCGCCCACCUCCACAAUAUGCAUAUGAAACCUAUUCCAGGCCUCAAAGAGUGGGAAGCAAAGCUUCGUAGUGUAUCGUACCGACUUGGGUUAACGGGAAACAUAUGUCUGGCAUUUCUGUUCUUCCCGGUAACUAGAGGCUCUUCGAUUUUGGCUAUGUUUGGGUUAACGUCGGAGUCGAGUAUCAAGUACCAUAUUUGGCUUGGCCAUCUCUCCAUGGUUCUAUUUGCUGCUCAUUCCCUAGGCUACAUCAUCUUCUGGGGCAUCACUCAUCAAAUGGCUCAGAUGCUGGAAUGGAGCAACAGUCAUGUAUCAAACGUAGCUGGGGAGAUUGCAAUUAUAUGUGCAAUGGCAAUGUGGGUGACUAGCAUUCCUCGUGCUAGACAAAAAAUGUUUGAACUAUUUUUCUACACCCAUCAGCUCUAUGUUCUCUACAUCGUCUUCUACAUACUGCAUGCCGGCGUUUCCUUCUUCUGUACGAUCCUUCCCGGAAUCUUUCUCUUCAUCAUUGAUCGAUACCUGAGAUUUUUACAGUCUUAUCAACGGGCUGAGUUAGUCUCUGCACGCAUUUUACCUUGUGAGACCAUUGAACUCAACUUCUCCAAGAGCCAAGGCCUGGAUUAUAAUCCCACAAGCAUCUUGUUUAUCAAUGUGCCUAGUGUAUCCAAGAUGCAAUGGCACCCAUUUACAGUGACUUCAAACUCUCACAUGGAGGCAGAUAAGCUAAGUGUUGUGAUUAAGAGUCUAGGAAGCUGGUCUCAGAAACUUUACCAGCAACUUUCUUCUAACUCGGUGGAUCAUAUUCAAGUCUCUGUUGAAGGACCUUAUGGACCUACGUCAUUGCAUUUUCUAAGGCACAAGGCUCUGGUGAUGAUCAGUGGAGGCAGUGGAAUCACUCCGAUAAUCUCCAUAAUCCGAGAAAUCAUUUUCCAAAGCACCAAACCAGACUCCCAUGUUCCGCCUGUUCGGUUGAUAUGUGCCUUCAAGAACUCAGCUGAUCUCGCCAUGCUACAACUCUUGCUUCCAAUUUCUGUCACACCUUUUAAUUUUACCAAGCUGCAGUUACAAAUUGAAGCUUAUGUGACGAGGGAGACACAGCAGCAGCCUCCAUCAGACCCCCACAAGCUUCUCCAAACCCUAUGGUUCAAGCCAGACCCCUUGGACUCGCCCAUUACUUUGGUUCUAGGACAAAACACUUGGCUAUGGCUUGGUGCUAUAAUCUCAUCCUCAUUUUUCUUAUUUCUCUUUGUUUUGGGCAUUGUCAAUCAUUUCUAUAUAUAUCCAAUUGACCACAACACUGGUGAACACUACCAUGUCUCUUUCAUUUGCCUGUGGUACAUGUUUUUGGUCUGUGCCUCCAUUUUCAUAGUCUCUAGUGCAAUCUUCAUUUGGUGCAAGAAACAAAAUGCCAUUGAAGAAGGGAAGCGAAAUCAGAAUGCGAAAUUAUCAACACCAGCAACUGAUAUUGAACUUCAGAGUUCUCCCCAUAAUCAUGAGUCCCUGAUUGCUCAAGCUACGCAAGUGCAAUAUGGAACUAGGCCUGACCUGAAGAAAAUUCUGUUGGAGACAAAAGGAUCUGAUAUUGGAGUGUUGGUUUGUGGCCCAAGGAAGAUGAGACAUGAAGUUGCCACAGUUUGUUCAUCCAGUUUGGCACAUAAUCUGCAGUUUGAGUCCAUUAGCUUUAACUGGAGUAGUACUCUUUCAUUGUCACAGAACAGCGAAAUGGAUUCAGGUACAGUUGGAGUGAAAGAAAAAGAAACCACUUCAAGUUAUGGAAUGCAGACUAUUAUUGGAUCAAUGAUGAUGUUUCUUUUGAUGGUAGUCUUUGUGGGUUACUCUAUGAUUUGGAUCAUGAUGCCCACAAAUACUUACUAUCUGCACUGGCUGCCAGACAUUCAUGCAAAAACAGAUUCCACAUAUUUUGGGCAGCAAGGUGCAGGCAUACUUGUUUACACAUUCCCAAUCUUAUUUAUUGCAACUUUGGGGUGUUUAUUGCUUCACAUACAAAACAAAACUGCGGAUAAUAAGAACCAAAGGUACCCUCUUUCUCUCUCUUUUGGGGUGAUGAAGUCAUUAUGGAAACGACCAGUGCUGGUGAAAGGCCCUCUUGGGAUUGUUUCAUGGAUAGAGCUCUCCUUCCUAGCAAUGUUCAUUGCUCUACUUGUCUGGUCCAUCUCUUCUUACUUGCAUGGUAUGUUUGCAACCAUCAGCCUACAAGCUGCAGCAAAGCGAGAGCAUGUGUGGCAAGCAAAGUUAGAAAGUACAGCACUAAUGCUAGGCCUAGUUGGAAACAUCUGUCUAGCCUUUCUCUUCUUCCCGGUGGCACGAGGGUCUUCGAUUCUGCAGCUCGUUGGCCUUACAUCAGAAGCAAGUAUCAAGUAUCAUAUCUGGCUCGGCCAUCUAGUAAUGACUAUCUUCACAGCUCACGGUUUAUGUUACAUUAUAUUUUGGGCCUGCACAAGUCAAAUUUCACAGAUGCUCAAAUGGGAGAAGAUUGGAAUAUCAAAUGUGGCUGGAGAAGUGGCAUUGCUGGCUGGAUUAGCCAUGUGGGCUACAAGCUUCCCUCGUAUAAGGCGCAAGAUCUUUGAGCUCUUUUUCUACACUCAUCACCUCUACAUUGUCUUCAUUGUCUUCUUUGUGUUCCAUGUGGGCUUCUCCUACGCUUGUAUAAUGCUCCCAGGCUUCUACCUCUUCAUGAUUGAUCGGCUUCUGCGUUUCUUGCAAUCCCAACAAAGAAUUCGUAUUGUUUCAGCCCGUGUCCUCCCUUGUGAGGCUGUUGAGUUGAGCUUCUCCAAGAUCCCAGGACUGAGCUAUUCUCCAACAAGCAUGAUGUUUCUAAAUGUGCCUGCAAUUUCCAAGCUACAAUGGCACCCUUUUACUAUUACUUCCAGCAGCAAUAUGGAUCCUGAUAACCUAAGUGUUGUCGUUAAAAGCGACGGAAGCUGGACUCGGAACUUGUACCAGAAGUUUGCAUCAUCAAGCACUUGUCCCAUGGACCGCCUUGAGGUCUCGGUUGAAGGACCCUAUGGACCUGCCUCAAAUAACCUUCUAAGGCACGAUACGAUAGUGAUGGUGAGUGGAGGAAGCGGUAUUACUCCAAUGAUAUCCAUAAUCCGAGAGCUCCUAUCUCAAGCCAAUGACUCAGGAAAGAAGACUCCACAAGUUCUACUCAUAACUGCCUUCAAAAAGUCACUAGACCUCACCAUGUUAGACCUCAUCCUCCCUCCUUCAGGCACAAACUUGGACAUUUCCUGCUUGCAAUUACAGAUUGAAGCUUACGUGACAAGAGAGAACCAACCGGCAACACAUAACCAAAAGCCUCUCCAAACAAUAUGGUUCAAACCAGACCCAUUGGAUUCACCAGUUUCUGCAGUAUUAGGCCGGAACAGUUGGCUUUCGCUUGGUGUCAUCAUAUCGAUGUCCUUCAUCAUUUUUCUCGUGUUGAUGGGAAUCCUCACACGAUAUUACAUAUACCCCAUUGACCAUAACUCUAAUCUGAUAUACUCUGCCUCAUAUAGAUCUGCCUUAAACAUGUUAUUGCUAUGUGUUUCCAUAGCCACAACUGCAACUGCAGUUUUCCUAUGGAACAAGAAACAAAAUUCAAAGGAGACUGGACAGAUUCAAAGCAUAGACACACCUCCACAGAUUACUACUUCACCAAGUGCUCGGUUUUACAAUGCUGAUAGAGAACUCGAAAGCGUUCCCCACCAAUCCUUCGUUCAGUCCACAAAGGUGCACUAUGGCACAAGACCGGAUCUUCAAAAGAUAUUAUGGGACUGCGAAGGAUCAAGCAUCGGAGUUCUUGUUAGCGGACCAAGGAAAAUGAGGCAAGAAGUGGCUGUAGUAUGUUCAUCACCGUCGGCACAUAACCUACAUUACCAUUCCAUGAGCUUCAGCUGGUAG